CAGAGCUGUGAAAACCACGCCCUAGCUUCCUUCACAUAAUUUACCACAUAAUUUACCAAGUAUUUCGAUUUAAAAACGACAGGUAGAAUAGUGGUUACGUUUAUUUUAAUGUAUAAAACCGCAAUAUAAAAUUCGGUUCUUCACACCCGUCGAAGUUUGAGUGAACUAACCUCCCGCUCAAGUACUUUUAAAUGACUCGUUGAAAAAACUUAUUCAGUGUGUAUAUAAAAAUACUCUUAAUUCAUUUUUAAAAGGUCCUUUUGUUAGUUAACUUAGCAAUAAGCACAUUCUAAAAUAAUUUCAUGUUAGCGUAGGUCUUCGCGCCACAAGACUAUUUCAGUAGACCUAAGCUAGGAGUUAUGCUAAUUUGCUAGUGCUAAAGAUAAAUUAGUAACUGUCACUUAAAAUGACCUCUCAAAGCAGGACCAGUGCUAUUGAUAACAUCCUCUUUCAGCUAGCCAUUGAAGCUCGUAAACUUACUCAGAAGAAAAAUGACAUUAACCAAGAAGUUGAAGUUUAUAAAGCUGACAUUGUCCAGAGAAGGACUUAUAUUGAGACCAUGCAGGCAGACAUCAAGAAAAUGAAAGAGAAUGUUGAAAUGAAACAUAACAACUUGAACCGUAACCGAGAAGUUGCAAAAAGCAUGGAGGUGACUCAGGGCAUGCUUCUUCAAUACGAGCGUACACUGAAAAUGGAACUGGAAAGCAUAAAAUCCAAUUACAACAAUGACAAGGAUGUCUAUGAAGAAAAGAUGGCAAGCUACAGGAAGCUGUAUCAAGAACACCAAAAGCCAUAUGUGCAAAAGAUUCAGAUGCAAAAUGAUGACAUGGAGAGUUCAUUUACUGCCUCUCAAGAUGACGUGAUAGUAAAAGUCAAGGAAGCAGACCACCAUGCUUACAUCUCUGAUUUCGGUGCUCCUCGUUCCACUUCAGAUGAAGGCCCAGAAAGUGACCUUCACCUGCAGCCCCACACAGAAACAGUCAUGCAAAUGGAGAGCUCACCUGUGAAAGAUUCCACAGCUGCCGUCUGGGCUGUCAACGUCGAUGACACAAAGAUAUGUGCAAGCGGUCCGGAAACCUCUGUGGGAAAGGACAUUCCAAGCCGAUCCUGGGACUUGACCUCCUGGAUGCCUGAUACAACUUCAAGCAAUGAGCAGCAUGUGAGGGCAGAAGAUGUUGGUGGACAAGAUGGAAUGACCAUUGAGGAAGAGGAACAGGCGGUCAUACUAUUCAGAAAGACACCCCUGUCAGUCGUGUUGGAGGAAGACGAGGAAGCGCAGUGGCAAAUGGAGGAAGGCGACGCAACAGAGGAAGAGCAACCAUUGCAGGAACAUGGCGCUCUUCCGCCACUGCAAUGUGAACAAAUCCCAUCUCCGUCUUUCCCUGCGCCUAAAACGCCAACAUUUGCCUUUAACUUUAGUCCAACUCCUUCCAUCGAAGGCUCGUCUGAAAACAAAUCUCCAGGAUUCAUGUUCUCGAUCAGCUCCAACUCCAGCACCCCCGCUUUCUCUGGCUUCGGUUGCGAUGAUGGUGGAGAUGAGGAUGCACCGUUCUCGUUCAGCAGCUCCUUUUUCAAAAAUAAGAAAAAACAGGACAACAAAUCAGGCGGUUUGGAAUUCCUGUUCAAUAAAUCGGAUCAAGGCGAUGACUUCCAGUUGCCCUUCGCCUCCACUGAUGAGUGACCCCUUUCCCUUUCUAUUUAAAAAUUGAUGUAGUCAGUGUUUGCAUUUUUUCGGCUGUAUGUUACUAACUUAAGGAUGUUCUGUGUUGCCGUUGCUUGUUUUAAAGCCUAAACAAAUACAUAAAAUUAGAAAUACACUGUUACGGCCCCCAAUACCACUCUAAAGUUGAUUAUUAUAUACACACUGUAUAUAUUUAUAUUUUUAUAUUGUUCAACUCAUUGCCACUGCCAUUGACGUCUAGAGUGUUAAUAUAUUCAAGCCCAAACUUAGCAAUGCCUCACCCCCCAUUCACUCUCAUUAAUUACAAAUAGUCACAGUUCAGUCAACAAUACUUUAAUUUGAAAUGACUGCACAGUUAUGCGAUACAUCAGUAGAAUAUUUAUUAUCAUUUUGGUUACUGUUCAGGAUUGGUUGAGCAGUAAUACAAAGUAACUUCUGUACUCACACUUAGGCAAAUCUGGCAAGACUUCACCUCAGUAACCACAGACUACUGCAGAAGCAACAGUACACUUUUCAAGUACAAUUUUGAGAAAUGUGAUUUUUAAUCCAAAUCUUAAGGUAAACUAUUAACAAUAAAAAAAAAAUCUUCAAUGGUAGCACAUUAAGGCUUUGACCUGACCCAGACAGAUUAAUAGCAUUUUUUUAUUCAGUGUCCCUGGAAAAUAUGUAUUGAACUUUAGUGUUUCCAAGUAAUUUAUCCUUUUAUGUAUUGAAUGCCCCAUUUAAUAAA